AUGAAGGUUACCGCCGCUCUUUUCAUGCUCGCCGGCGCGGGCUUUGCCGCCCCCGUCCCGGAGCCGGUUGCCGAGCCGUUGCCCAUGCCCACACCCCCCGGCAUCCCCACUGCCGCCACGGCCAAGACGCAGCUUGCUGCUCUGACCGUGCGUGCGUGGACCAACACGGACACGUACGACCGUGACCUGUUCCCCCACUGGUCGACAGUCUCCGGCGCCUGCAACACCCGUGAGACCGUGCUCCAGCGCGACGGCACCGGCGUCGUGGUCAACUCUGCCUGCGCUGCCACCAGCGGCACCUGGAAGAGCCCUUACGAUGGUGCGAGCUGGACCGCGGCCAGCGACGUUGACAUUGACCACAUGGUGCCUCUGAAGAACGCUUGGAUCUCCGGUGCCGCAUCGUGGACUACGGCCAAGCGCGAGCAGUUCGCCAACGACCUCACGCGUCCCCAGCUGUGGGCAGUCACCGACGAGGUCAACCAGGCCAAGAGCGACAAGAGCCCCGACUCGUGGAAGCCUCCUCUGUCCAGCUUCUACUGCGUCUACGCGCGCAGCUGGGUGCAGGUCAAGAGCUACUGGGCCCUCAGUGUCACGUCGGCCGAGAAGACGGCCCUCACCUCCAUGCUGAACACCUGCUAA